UGAAGGUACACUGUGUGAAGGUAGGAGGCUCCAAGAAGGUCUUACUAGCACACCGCAACUAAGUCAACGCCCUAAGACACUCUGUACCUCGUGACUUAGUUGACCUACGGUCGAUAGCCAUUUUGAUAAGUGCUCAGAGGACAGCGUCGAAGCGAUCACGCUGGAUAGAUCCCUCGCGGCCAGUUUCUGAGAAUGUACCGGCUAGCAUUACACUGCAGCUCGCUUCCCCAUCUGCUUCAUGAUAAGCACCAUUCCAUCUGCUCUGAUACCCUCGCCCCACAGCCGCACGUUAGUCAGCCUGGUGCACUUCAUUCUCCGGACCCUCUUGACAGCAACCUUGUCAUCCUGUUCGUUGUCGCUCAUCGAGUGGGUAUACAGGAACGUCCCUGUGUAGAUUUUGUUCGAGUCGAGGAAGUCGAGAGGGAUCGACUUGAUGUUCCGGGUCUGCGCCACUCCACUUACAAUCCCGAUGUACCAUGUGUCACCCUUUCGACGCGCAAGCACAGUCAGGCUGCCAAUCGCCGAGGGAGGAAGGGCUCGUGUCUCAUCCCAGGUCGUCGGAAUUGCUGCAAUGACGUCCCGAUAACUCUUACUCCGAAUAACAGAAAUGUUCUCCGCAAUCGUCUGCAAGGGAGAUGUGAACGUCACCAGCGUCGCUACUUGGUGGACCUGCAAAGGAGAUUCUUUGGUUAGAAAUCCAAAGACUUUGCCAGUGCGUGACAGUCCGACCUCAGUGGUCUUGCCUCUUCUCUCCCUUCGCAACGCCAACGGUGUGUAGUCGCCCGGGCCGCCUGCAGAGAAACGUAGGCACACAGCCACCGUGGCCGUGUCUGCCUACAUGGCGGUCACGUGUGUCCACAGCCACCAUACUUGAGAAUCUUGUGAAGCUGAGCGCAGCGUUGUGGACCGGUUUCAGCUUGAUAUUGGGCCAAAGCUUGUUUACUUCAAGCCCCUGACACGUUACGAAAUCCAGGAAGGCAAGCAUAAAAAUGAGUACAUUCAGCUGCCUAUCGCCAGCGUCAGUCGUGAAGCACGAUCAUUACAAAGAUCGCUUCUCUAGUGAUUUCGUUUGGGUAGGUCCUGCUCUCUCCAGUCGGCUUCUGAAUGCCGUGUAGGUUCGUCAUCAGUUCUCGCUUUGCCGCUUCCCUAUUGACGGCUUCCUGCAGGCGGAUGCCGUUGUACCAUUCGCUCUCAAAAAAAUCCACCUUGAUACCCACUGCGCCAGCCUGCUUCACCCUAUCGAGGAAAUCUUGGAGCUGUCUGAAAAGGGGGUUACGUGGUAGAGAGGGGAUGGAAAAUACACACAAGAUACCAGCCGCUCAUAUAGGUGAUCUCUGACUUGUAGUCGUCGGUAGGAUCGUCGAUUUGUAUGCGGUGCUUCCACAGGAAGACGCCAACUCCCUUCGUCUUUGCAUACCCUGUUAGGUUCUUGACAGUCUCCCAAGCAUCUGGCCACUUCUCCCAUCCUACAGUGUUAGAGAGUGUGAACGUACUCAUUUGGCGCAUCAUCAUGUUUCGGUCGCACCGUCGUCAAUGGUCGUGUAUUCGAAGCCUAACUUCGAUGCCGCCUCGAGGUAUUGAAUUUCACCUGCGGGGCCUAGGACUUUGGCCCCUCUCUUGCCCCACCAGCUCCAGGCAGACCUUCAGAGCAGAUAAGAAGCCAACUCUGCUGUAGAUGGGAGUAAUACCUACCUGCCGGGCUUGAUGUAGCCUGGAAGGUCAGGCAACUCUCCUGAGGUCUUCAAAAAUGCGAACAAGCCUGGAUUCCGGACUUCGGGUGGUGGGCUGAGGUCAGAAAUAAGGUCACUGUUGACGAGCUGGUUGAGAUUUCGGGCUAUUUGAACGACGCGCCAAGAGGUGGUCAGGGGAAGGGACAUUUUCAGGAGAGGCGGUGCUCCAGGGUGGGCAACCCGCGCCAGCUCUGUUCGAAAGCCUUUCGCAUCCGGCAAGGCGACGAUGUGAAAGCCUUCCCAAUCGAACAAAGCAGCUUCAUGGAUUGCUCGAUAAGGGUAAGGCACAGACCACGAGGAAUCCUCAAUCACCAUCGGCAGUCCGUAGCGGGCCUUGUUGCCUCUCUGUCGGAGGGCUAGCAUGGAUGGCCUGACUUUCUUAAAAGGGCCCGUAUCCGUCUUUAACUCCAGCAUGGGUCGCCCAUCCUCGCGUUCAUACGUCCACGCCUGCAGACGCUCGGACGAAGUGAGUCAAACGAAGCCCGUCUAUGUCGUGAAGGCUCACUCUGUCGGUUGGCGCGAAAUCCAUGCGAAAUUCUGACAUAUCAUCCUGGAUCACCAGAGACUCAUUCCCCAGCAUCCGAUAGCGAAAUGAUAUGCCCGGGCUGGGAGCAUCAUGGACCCGAAAGUCAACCAAAUAGGUAAACUCCUGCAUGGAGACAUUCCACCGUGCGACAUCCCAUGAGUCUUCUUGUUCACGCGCGUUUUUGUCCUACGGUGGGGAUGUGAAAGACAGUGUACGUCACCUCAACUGAGUUACAAAAGAUACGAUGGAAGCAGUUUCCCCACAUUGCCAAUUUUCCCAGCUCCGUUUACCAUAGUGACUUUGAGCCACAGGGUGUGUGCCCAUCUUUCGAUAGCUCUCCUUGACAUCUUUAUGGUCAGUUUUUUUCUCGAUUGUAACGUCGCUGCCGAUGCGCACGCCACCGGAGAGGAGCAGUCCCAGCGACGAGGGGCUGAUGAUUUGCUGGUCCUGGGCAUCGACCUUGUACCUCAAAGUGCCGCCAUCGUCAACGAACACAGUGACAGUCAAUUCCACGUUGUUUUUCGGAGGGUGAAUCACGUCAUGAAAUGGCGCAUUGUUCCCGGCCCGUCCUUCGCGCACGAUUCGAGCCACUGACAAGACGGAGAUGAGAAUGCCCGGAAUUGUCCUCAUGACCCGCGUUCGAAACUAUACAGCUAUUUCCAUUUUGG